CUUUCCCUUUCCAAUAUGGCGGCGCCGCUGCGCUUUGGGAUCGUUCUCGCGAUAUUUGGCUGUCAAUCUCGGAUCGGUCUGACUGCGCAAUAUUUUACACACUGUUGACAGCUCAGGAAACGCGAGGAGUUUCGCUGUGGUUUGGUGUGGUGUUCAGAUUGAGAGAUGGUUUGCAUUCCCUGUAUUGUGAUUCCUGUCCUGCUGUGGGUGUACAAGCGCUUCCUGGAGCCCUACAUCUAUCCCAUCAUCAGUCCCAUCAUCAGACGCUUCUGGAACAACGCAGCGGUGGAUCAGACAGCAGCUAAUACCACAGAUAAACACAAAACAGCUGAAUGCAAUGGAACAGCGAACGGCUCCACAGCCAACGGACCGAAGACAGUGGCCGAUAAAAAAGCCGACUGACAGGCAUCAUGGCUUAACCGUCUCCUGAAUUUUAUUCAUCUUUGCAGAUAUCAGCUUUUGAUUAGGCUUUCUUUUUUGUAAUUUUCAGUAAAUUGCAGCUGUUACACAGAUCAGUAAGAUACACAUUCACACACACAAACUGAUUCUAUUUAAAACAAACAUCACUUGACAUGAAGUGCAUUAAAAUGUUAAGAUAUUAAUAUAUAGAUUUUGUUUUCAUAAUUCCCUGAUCGUGUUUUAGUUAUAGACUAGUUUGAAUCUUCUACCGCAGAUUUACAGCAGAAUUACUAUGUAUAAGUUGCAAAACUUAAUGUGAAAAUAAAAAUGUGAUACUUUUAUCCUUGAGGUCUGUG